GAGGAAGAGGAGGCGGAGAAGGAUGAACGGCGGGAGGAGCGCGCUGCUGCGGUCCGCGCGGCAGAGCACGGCGCGCAGCACGGAGACCCUGGCGCUGUCAGCAGCAUCCGCGUGGAGCGGCAACGGUUCGGCGGUGGAUGCUUACCGGAUAGUGGAGCUGCAGCUUCCCGCCUCGGCCGCCCCAACGGUGGCGAUGGUGCCCAAGGCCCCGUACCCCUUCCCCACGGUGGAUGUUCCCGACCACGCUCACUACACCAUCGGCUCCGUCAUCCUCGCCAUUGGCAUCACUGGCAUGGUCGGCAACUUCCUCGUCAUUUACGCCUUCAGCAGGAGUCGCAGCCUUCGGACGCCAGCCAACAUGUUCAUCAUUAACCUGGCCAUCACAGACCUGCUGAUGUGCAUCACCCAGACACCCAUCUUCUUCACCACCAGCAUGCAUAAGAGGUGGAUCUUUGGAGAGAAAGGUUGUGAGCUGUAUGCGUUCUGUGGCGCUCUCUUCGGGAUCUGCUCCAUGAUCACGCUGACGGUGAUUGCCAUUGACCGCUACUUCGUCAUAACGCGCCCUCUGACCUCCAUAGGAGUGUUGUCACGGAAACGAGCCCUCCUCAUCCUCGUGGCAGCCUGGGUCUAUUCUCUGGGAUGGAGCCUGCCGCCGUUCUUCGGCUGGAGUGCCUAUGUCCCGGAGGGCCUGCUAACUUCCUGUACGUGGGACUACAUGACUUUUACCCCGUCAGUGCGAGCCUACACCAUGCUGCUCUUCAUCUUCGUCUUCUUCCUGCCGCUCUUCAUCAUCAUCUACUGCUACGUUUUCAUCUUCCGUGCCAUCCGCAACACCAACCAGGCUGUGGGGAAGAUUAACGGCAGCACUCACAGUCAUGGCAGCAAUCGUGACUCGGUGAAGAGUUUCCACCGGCUGCAGAAUGAGUGGAAGAUGGCGAAGAUCGCCCUGAUCGUCAUCCUGCUCUAUGUCAUCUCCUGGUCCCCGUACUCCACCGUCGCCCUCACUGCGUUCGCAGGGUAUGCAGACAUGUUGACUCCCUACAUGAACUCUGUGCCCGCCGUCAUCGCCAAGGCCUCAGCCAUCCAUAACCCCAUCAUCUACGCCAUCACACACCCAAAGUACAGGAUAGCAUUAGCUAAGUACAUCCCAUGUCUUGGCAUCUUGCUCUGUGUUCAUCCUCGCGACCUCCGCUCGACCAGCAGCAGUUUCAUGUCAACGCGCCGCUCCACUGUGACCAGCCAGACCUCUGACAUCAGCAGCCAGUUCAGACGGCAGAGCACUGGCAAGUCCCGUCUCUCCUCCGCCUCCGACAGUGAAUCGGGUUUGACAGACACAGAGGCUGAUCUGUCCAGUAUGGGCUCCAGACCAGCCAGCCGCCAGGUCUCCUGUGACAUCAGCAGAGACACCACUGAACUCCCCGACUUCAAACCCUCAUCCAGCUUCAAGUCCAAGAUGAAGAGCAACGACUCAGGCAUCUUCGAGAAGACAUCCUAUGACACCGAUUUCUCCAUGGUAGGAGUCGGUGAACGUGGCAGCAUCCCAAAUAGUGGGGAUUUUGCAGAUGGACAUAUGAUGAGAGGCACAAUUGGCAGAAUCCCAAGCAUCGUUAUCACCUCUGAGUCCAGCCCCUUCCUUCCCAUUGGACGAAAUGGUUCACGUUCCACCCGCACCAAAAGAGCCAAUAGCAACACAGGAGCAGGCUCAGGGUAGACUCCAGCAGCCAAUCACCUGCAGCCAUCUGAUCAGCUCAUGUCCAGUCAGAUAUUUAGAAAUGUAGAGUUCAAACAGGCCUGAAGGGUUCAC